CAGAUUAAUUUGUAUAUAUUGUUGUUUGAAGUUAUAUACCUUCUCUCUCACACACACUUGAAGUUAAUCUUAUUUAUCACAUGGCAUAAUAUGUUUGUGCCAACAAAACUGUUGAUGUGAAUCCAGACAGUCAGUAGGAGCAAGUACCUAUAUCACAUAUGUAAACCAAACUGAAAUGCAAACAAAAUGAACAAAAAUCAGUCUUCAGUGCAAGAAAGUUUUUCUAUUCCUAUUUCUCCUGAAAAUGAAGCUUCUCUAUCAAGAGGAGUAUCUAUAAACAAAAAUGAAACCAGCAACAACAAUGUAAGCAAGCCAAGCUCAAGUGCUGCUGAUGGAAGAGAGAGCUGCAUGAGUGAUACAAGAUCACUGACUGCAACGUAUGAGACAGCCAGUAUGACCAGCAAAGCCAGCCGGGUCAGCCAGUUUGCUCGUCGGAUGUCAUUAAGAAAAAGCAAAGCCUGGCUGUCUGCUAAGUUCAAGAAACAUCAAAAAAACAAUGAUCUGAGUGCAACUUUCAAUCUGUUGGAUCAAGAAAACAAGGGCCUGUUGGUGGACUUGAACCAAGCAACAGAGGAGGAACUGAUGACCGUGAGUGGCAUCACUCGCACCGUUGCCAAGAGCAUCAUUGAAUACAGGACGGUCAUUGGGGGCUUCAGAAACCUUCAGGACCUGGCUCUGGUGUCGGGUGUUGGAGCUGCCAAACUGGCUCAACUCAGCCGCGAUUUUACAAUAUCGGAAAAUUUUGACGGAGGCAAGACUCAACAGCCCUCGCAUGAGACAGCCACACCACUCCUCCCCACUGCCUCCCCACCUCUCCCCACUGCCUCCCCGCUGCCAUACUCUUUGCAGCCUCCUGAAAUGUCGCUCCCCAGCUCCCAGUUGUCAUCCCCACAAUCAGCCAGUCCCUGCUCGUCCGUCAACCCCACUGCCCCACCCGAUGUACUCUUGCAAGCAACCCCCAGGAGCACGCCCUUCAAGAAGGUUCAUCUCAACACGGCCACCAUCUUUGAGCUAAUGUCCGUGCCUGGUCUCAACCAGGAGAUGGCCGCACAGAUUGUGCAUCACAGGGAGAAGAAAGGACCUUUCAAGACCGCUGAAGAUGUUUCGAAAGUGAGAGGACUUCGCACGCGGUCGUGUCGUCACAUCCUGCCCCACCUGACGGUCGACUCCCCCGGGACCUCCUGCACCCCCGCUCUCACCAACGGCCACUCCGACGACGGUCGCGCCGCCGCGACGGCAGCCUCUGCAGGCAUGACCAUCGGUAAUGGCGGUGGCCGUACUCCAGGAGACCGACGUCCGCAGCACCGACAAAUGCAACGCGCCAUGCACCCUGGACACCGACGUACCUUGUCCGCACCGACAAACAAUAAUAAUAAUAAUCAAGCGUCAGGAAAUUCUAAGCCCAUGAUCGUGCUUCCUCCGACUGCCCUGAACGACGCCGAGGUCCUCAAGGUAAUCGAGCAGGCGGCCGACGACAGCGUUUCUUGCUCCCCUAGACUCGUGGGCCACCGCCUCUCCCUGGAGUUCACCUCCGACGUUUACGAGCUUUUGUCCCUGAGAUCUGAGCGACCUGAGAUACAUGGUCUCUUCGAGAACGUUCACAACGGACGGCGCGCUGUGCGGGUUGCCACGUGGAGUCUGUGUCAACUCACUCCGGACAAGUUGAGCAACCCCGGAGUAAUGGAGGUGAUUUGUCGCACGGUUCUCGAGCGCGGAUUUUCUCUGGUUGCUGUUCAAGAUAUUCUGGGUGCCAAGCUACUGCCCAAAAUUUGCCACGAACUCAACACGGGAUCUCUACGCAGGGUACGUGAGUGGCCCGGUGAAAUAGGGGACUGGGCGUGCCAAGUAUCGCCUGUACCCGUGAGCCGCUACGGCAGUCGUCGCGGAACAUCCGCUGCGUCUAAUGAAUACGUCGGAUUCUUAUUCAACAAGAAGUACAUUCACCUCGAGGAGCACUGGCUUUUGGAAACAACUUCAAGAAAGCACGGGCUUGUGAGCAAGCCUUACUUGGGUCGCUUCCGUGCACAUGAACUAACAUUUACGGUAGUGAACCUCCAUGGCAAGCUGCAAAGUUGCAUCGACCGAUGUGAGUCAUUUCUUCAAACGUGCGACCAUUUUCUACGUCCUUUCAGUGGCUCUAGUGAUAAUCAUAGCCGUAAUUCAAUAGAUUCUCAGGACGAUCUGAAGAGUGCCAAGAAUCUACACAAUGGGUACAUCAAGGACCGGAAGGAUAUUGCUGCUGAUGAAGCAGGUGUCAUUGAAUCUGAAACUUUGAAUGGCUCCAUCUGCAACAAUAACGGAAAUGAAGCAGGAAAUGCUAUUGCUGCUGCAUGUAAUGACACUUCUGUUGCUGCUGACGAAGGGCACACAGAUGGUCGUGUCAAGAGGAGGCUGGAAUUUACCAGGAGCGGUGACGCUCGCGAGCAGCAGCUGCAGGAUGCGCUGAUUGCCGUCCUGCGGGACCUGCAGGAGAGCGUCUUGCGCGACUCCGCCGUCAUCCUGCUGGGCAACAUCGGGGCGCCGCCGGACUCUGCUGGCCUGAAGGCCCUGCAGAGCCUGGGCUACUGCAGCGUGCAGGCUGCGGACGUGUGCACGGUGCUCUGUUCAUCGCCCGCUACGCCCCUCGCUGCAGACCACAUCUGGACAAGUCCAGCCCUCACGCGCCACUACUAUACAGGCAACAGCGCCGUCGUGAGAGAGGGACUCGGUCACCUGGCCAUCCCCAAGGGCUGGGGCUGGGGAGGACUGGCGACUUCCCACUGCCCCCUCUACGCUGACUUCUACGUUGAUGCUGCAGCCGCUCGCUCCUAACACUGAACGCUCCAAAUGUUGCUCUGAUGAUACGGCCGCUCGCUCCAAAUGUUGCUCUGAUGGUACGCCCGCUCGCUCCUAACACUGAACGCUCCAAAUGUUGCUCUGAUGAUACGGCCGCUCGCUCCUAACACUGAACUCUCUAAAUGUUGCUCUGAUGAUACGGCCGCUCGCUCCUAACACUGAACGCUCCAAAUGUUGCUCUGAUGAUACGGCCGCUCGCUCCUAACACUGAACGCUCCAAAUGUUGCUCUGAUGAUACGGCCGCUCGCUCCUAAUACUGAACGCUCCAAAUGUUGCUCUGAUGAUACGGCC